CUUAUGCCAGCCUAUGGCUGGGUGGAGAAUGGUGUCGCCUAGCAGCCGCCGCCGCUAUUGCUUGCUGGGAACCAGUUGGCGGGAUCCAGCGUCCGCCUGGAACCGCGCUGGGGAGCACAGUUGCGGGGCGCGGCUGGGUGGAUGCGGUAGUAGAUGAGAAAUCUCCGCUGGCUGCCGGGCGUGCUGGGUGGAUCCUGGUGAACGGGAGCAGCGAAUCUCUUCCCAUGCAGAAGAUAAAGCAUCGCUAAAGAAUUCAAGAUGCCACCUAGUAUCAACUGGAAAGAAAUAAUAAAAGUUGACCCAGAUGACCUGCCUCGGCAAGAAAAAUUGGCAGAUAAUUUAUUGGUUUCUUUAUCCAAGGUGGAAGUAAAUGAGCUAAAAAGUGAAAGUCAAGAAAACGUGAUACACCUUUUCAGAAUUACUCAGUCACUAAUGAAGAUGAAAGCUCAAGAAGCAGAGCUAGCUUUGGAAGAAAUUGAUAAAGCUGGAGAAGAACAAGCAAAAGUUGAAAAUAAAUUUCAAACUGAAUUAAUGAGAUUGGAAAAUGAACUGGAGAUGGCACAACAGUCUACAGGUGGACGUGACACUCGGUUUUUACGAGAUGAAAUUCACCAACUUGAAAAGCAAUUGGAACAAAAAGAUAGAGAAUUGGAGGACAUGGAAAAGGAGUUGGAGAAAGAGAAGAAAGUUAAUGAACAACUGGCUCUUCGAAAUGAGGAAGCUGAAAAUGAAAACAGCAAAUUAAGAAGAGAGAAUGAACAGCUUCGUCAAGAUGUUAUUGACUACCAGAAACAAAUAGAUUCACAAAAAGAAACACUGUUAUCAAGAAGAGGAGAAGACAGUGACUAUCGAUCACAAUUGUCUAAAAAAAACUAUGAACUUGUUCAAUAUUUGGAUGAAAUUCAGACUUUAACAGAAGCUAAUGAGAAAAUUGAAGUUCAGAAUCAAGAAAUGAGAAAAAAUCUAGAAGAGUCUGUACAGGAAAUGGAGAAGAUGACUGAUGAAUAUAAUAGAAUGAAAGCUAUUGUGCAUCAGACAGAUAAUAUAAUGGACCAAUUAAAAAAAGAAAAUGAACAUUAUCGUCUUCAAGUGCAGGAGCUUACAGAUCUUCUAAAAGCAAAAAAUGAAGAAGAUGAUCCAAUCAUGGUAGCUGUUAAUGCAAAAGUAGAAGAAUGGAAGUUAAUUUUGUCUUCUAAAGAUGAUGAAAUUAUUGAAUAUCAGCAAAUGUUACAUAACCUGAGGGAGAAACUGAAAAAUGUCCAGCUUGAUGCUGAUAAAAGUAGCAUUAUGGCUUUGCAACAGGGUAUACAAGAACGAGACAGUCAUAUUAAGAUGCUCACUGAGCAAUUAGAACAAUAUACAAAAGAAAUGGAAAGAAAUACAUUUAUUAUUGAAGAUUUGAAAAAUGAGCUCCAAAGAAACAAAGGUGCUUCAACACUUUCUCAACAGACUCAUUAUAUGAAAAUACAAUCUAAGGUUCAAAUUUUAGAAGAGAAGACUAAAGAGGCUGAGAGAACAGCUGAACUGGCUGAAGCUGAUGCUAAGGAAAAGGAUAAAGAACUAGUUGAGACUCUGAAGCGAUUAAAAGAUUAUGAAUCUGGAGUAUAUGGUUUAGAAGAUGCUGUUAUUGAAAUAAAGAACUGUAAAAACCAAAUUAAAAUUAGAGAUCGAGAGAUUGAAGGAUUGACAAAGGAAAUCAAUAAAUUGGAGAUGAAGAUCAAUGAUUUCCUCGACGAAAAUGAGGCACUUAGAGAGCGUUUGGGCCUUGAACCGAAGACACUGAUUGACUUAACUGAAUUUAGAAAUAGCAAAAGUUUAAAACAGCAUCAGUACAGAGCCGAAAACCAGAUUCUUUUGAAAGAGAUUGAAAGUUUAGAGGAAGAACGACUUGACCUGAAAAAAAAAAUCCGCCAAAUGGCUCAAGAAAAAGGAAAAAGAACCGCAAAUUCAGGGUUAACAGUUGAGGACCUGAACCUAACAGCAAACUUUUCUCAAGAAAAUAGAAUGGGAGAAAGACAAUUUGAUUUCAUGAGCCUUGAAAAUAUGAAUGCAGCACAUUCAAAGAAUGAAGUCAUAGCACAGGAUUUAUUGAUCAAGGAAGCACAGAGUAGAAAUGCAGAACUAGAGCUUGAACGUCAUAGAAGCCAGGCAGAACAGAAUGAAUUUCUUUCAAGAGAACUAAUUGAAAAAGAAAGAGAUUUAGAAAGAAGUAAAACAAUAAUAGCCAAAUUUCAGAGUAAAUUAAAAGAAUUGGUUGAAGAAAAUAAACAUCUUGAAGGAGGUAUGAAAGAAAUAUUGCAAGCUAUUAAGGAAAUGCAGAAAGGACCUGAAGUUAAUGGAGGAGAAACAUCUCUAAUAAUUCCUAGUCUUGAAAGACUAGUUAAUGCAAUGGAAUCAAAAAAUGCAGAAGGAAUCUUUGAUGCCAAUCUCCAUUUGAAAACCCAAGUUGACCAAUUUACUGGGAGGAAUGAAGAAUUAAGACAGGAGCUCAGGGAAGCUCGGAAGGAGGCUAUAAAUUAUUCUCAGCAGUUGGCAAAAGCAAAUUUAAAGAUUGAUCAUCUUGAAAAAGAAACCAGUCUUUUACGGAAAUCAGAAGGAUCAAAUGUUGUUUUUAAAGGGGUAGACUUGCCUGAUGGAAUAGCACCAUCUAGUGCCAAUAUUAUUAAUUCUCUGAAUGAAUAUUUAAUACAUAUUUUACAGGAACUGGAAUAUAAAGAAAAUAAGUUAAAAGAUUUAGAAGAUUCUCUUGAAGAGUAUAACAGAAAAUUUGCAGUAAUUCGUCAUCAACAGAGCUUAUUAUAUAAAGAAUAUCUGAGUGAAAAGGAGAAAUGGAAAACAGAAUCUGAAGCAAUGAAAGAAGAAAAGAAAAAACUUGAUAGUCAAAUUCAACAAGAUGCUAUAAAAGUAAAAGAAUAUAAUAACUUGCUCAAUACUCUUCAGAUGGAUUCGGAUGAAAUGAAAAGUACACUUUCAGAUUAUAGUAGAAAAAUCACCGUCUUGCAAGUCAACGAAAAGUCACUCAUAAGGCAAUAUACUACUUUAAUAGAAAUGGAGCACCAACUUAGAAAAGAAAAUGAGAAACAGAAGAAUGAAUUGAUAUCAAUGGAAACUGAAGUUGGUGAAAAAAUUGGACGUUUACAACGAUUUAAGGAGAUGGCCAUUUUCAAAAUUGCUGCUCUCCAAAAAGUUAUGGAUAAUAGUGUUUCUCUGUCUGAACUAGAAUUGGCCAAUAAACAAUACAAUGAACUGACUGCUAAGUACAGGGACAUCUUGCAAAAAGAUAAUUUGCUUGUUCAAAGAACAAAUAACUUGGAACACCUACAGUGUGAAAAUGCAUCUCUAAAAGAGCAAAUAGAAUCUAUAAAUAAAGAACUAGAGAUUACUAAGGAAAAACUUCACACUAUUGAACAAGCCUGGGAAAAAGAAACUAAAUUAGGAAAUGAGUCUAACAUGGAUAAGACAAAGAAAUCAAUAACUAACAGUGAGAUUGCUUCUAUUUCAAAAAAAAUCACUAUGCUAGAGAUGAAGGAAUUAAAUGAAAGGCAGCGGGCUGAACAUUCUCAGAAAAUGUAUGAACACAUAAAGACUUCAUUAAAACAAAUGGAAGAACGUAAUUUUGAAUUGGAAACCAAAUUUGCUGAGCUUACCAAAAUCAAUUUGGAAGCACAGAAGGUGGAACAGAUGUUAAGAGACGAAUUAGCUGGUAGUGUGAGCAAGACAGUAAGUGAUGCUGAUAGACAACGGAUUCUAGAAUUGGAGAAGAAUGAAAUGGAACUAAAAGUGGAAGUGUCAAAACUGAGAGAGAUUUCUGACAUUGCCAAAAGGCAAGUUGAAAUUUUGAAUGUACAACAACAGUCCAGGGAAAAGGAAGUAGAGUCCAUCAGAACGCAACUGUUAGACUAUCAGGCACAAUCGGACGAAAAGGCACUAAUUGCCAAGUUGCACCAACACCUUGUCUCUCUUCAAAUUAGUGAGGUCACUGCUCUUGGUAAGUUGGAGUCUGUCACAUCGAAACUGCAGAAGACGGAGGCCUAUAAUUUGCGCUUAGAACAGAAACUGGAUGAGAAAGAGCAGGCUCUCUAUUAUGCCCGUUUGGAGGGGAGAAACAGAGCCAAACAUCUGCGCCAGACAAUUCAGUCUCUGCGACGCCAGUUCAGUGGAGCUUUGCCCCUGGCACAGCAGGAGAAGUUCUCUAAGACAAUGAUUCAGUUACAAAAUGACAAACUGAAGAUAAUGCAAGAAAUGAAAAAUUCUCUGCAAGAACACAGAAAUUUGGAGAACAGAACAAUGGAGAUGGAAUUAAAGUUAAAGGGGCUGGAAGAGUUAGUAAGCACUUUAAAGGAUGCUCGGGGAGCCCAAAAGGUAAUCAGUUGGCAUAUGAAAAUAGAAGAACUCCGUCUUCAAGAGCUAAAAUUAAAUCGAGAAUUAGUCAAGGAUAAAGAAGAAAUAAAAUAUUUGAAUAAUAUAAUUUCUGAAUAUGAGCAUACAAUCAGCAGUCUGGAGGAAGAAAUUGUACAGCAGAAUAAGUUUCAUGAAGAAAGAGAAAUGGCCUGGGAUCAAAGAGAAGUUGAGCUGGAACGUCAACUAGACAUUUUUGACCGUCAGCAAAAUGAAAUACUACAUGCAGCACAAAAGUUUGAAGAUGUGACAGGAUCAAUGCCAGACCCAAGCUUGCCUCUUCCAAAUCAACUUGAGAUUGCUCUAAGAAAAAUUAAGGAAAAUGUUCGAGUAAUUCUAGAAACACGGGCAACUUGUAAAUCACUAGAGGAGAAGCUAAAAGAAAAAGACUCUGCUUUACGGUUAGCAGAGCAAAAUAUUUUGUCAAGAGACAAAGUAAUCAACGAACUCAGGCUUCAUUUACCUGCCACCGUAGAACGAGAAAAGCUUAUAGCUGAACUAGGCAGAAAAGAGAUAGAGCCACAGUCCUAUCACACAUUGAAAAUUGCUCAGCAGACUAUUGCAAACAUGCAAGCAAGGCUGAAUCAGAAGGAAGACAUGUUAAAGAAAUAUCAGCGUCUUCUGGAAAAAGCCAGAGAGGAGCAAAGAGAAAUUGUUAAGAAACAUGAAGAAGACCUUCAUAUUCUUCAUCAUAAAUUAGAAAUACAGGCUGAUAGUUCACUCAAUAAAUUCAAACAAACAGCUUGGGAUUUACUAAAACAGUCUCCUACUCCAGUUCCUACCAACAAGCAUUUUAUUCGUCUGGCUGAGAUGGAACAGACAGUAGCAGAACAAGAUGACUCUCUCGCUUCACUUCUGGUAAAACUAAAAAAAGUAUCUCAAGAAUUAGAGAGACAAAAAGAAAUCACUGAAUUAAAAAUCAAAGAUUUUGAAAAUAUCAAAUUACGGCUCCAAGAAAACCAUGCAGUUGAAAUGAAAAAAGUGAAAGCAGAAGUAGAGGAUUUAAAUUGCCUUCUGGCCCAGUCCCAAAAUGAGGCACAGAGUUUAAAAUCUGAACUUCAGGCUCAAAAGGAAGCAAAUUCAAGAGCUCCAACAAGGACAAUGAAAAAUCUAGUGGAAAGGUUAAAGAGCCAAUUAUCCCUUAAAGAGAAACAACAAAAAGCACUUAGCCGAGCACUUUUGGAACUCAGAGCAGAAAUGACAGCAGCAGCUGAAGAACGUAUUAUUUCUGCAGCCUCUCAGAAAGAGGCAAAUCUCAAUGUUCAACAGAUUGUUGAUCGACAUACUAAAGAGCUAAAGUUACAAAUUGAAGAUUUAAGUGAAAAUCUUUUAACAUUAAAGGAAGCUCUUAAAACAAGUAAAAACAGAGAAAAUUCACUAACUGAUAAUUUGAAUGACUUAACUAAUGAACUACAAAAAAAACAAAAAGCCUAUAAUAAAGUGCUUAGAGAGAAAGAUGAAAUUGAACAAGAGAAUGAUGAACUGAGAAGGCAAAUAAAAAGACUAACCAGUGGAUUACAGGGCAAAACUCUGAUAGAUAAUAAACAAAGUUUAAUUGAAGAACUCCAAAAGAGAAUUAAAACUCUAGAAAGCCAACUGGAAAGAAAAGUGGAUGAUGUAGAAAUUAAGCCUAUAAAAGAAAAGAGUGCUAGAGAAGAAUUAAUUAGAUGGGAAGAAGGUAAAAAAUGGCAAAGCAAAAUAGAGGGAAUUCGAAACAAGUUAAAAGAGAAAGAAGGGGAAAUUUAUAUUCUAACAAAGCAGUUGAAUACUGUGAAGGAUCUUUUUGCCAAAGCUGAUAAAGAGAAACUAACUUUGCAGAGGAAACUAAAAACAACUGGCAUGACUGUUAAUCAAAUUAUGGGAGUGCAAGCUUUGGAGUCAGAAAAAGAAUUGGAAGAAUUAAAAAAGAGAAAUCUUGACUUAGAAAAUGAGAUAUCAUAUAUGAGGACCCAUCAGGCUCUUCCUCGAGAUUCUGUUAUAGAAGAUUUACGUUUACAAAACAGAUACCUCCAAGAAAAACUUCACGCUUUGGAAAAACAGUCUUCAAAGGAUGCUUCUUCUAGGCCUUCUGAAUAUAAAGUCAAAGAAGAGAAUGAACUAGUGAAGAAUGGGAAGGGAAAGGAACACAUAGCUGAAGACCUCAGUCACAGCAGCUGCACAGACCCAGAAGAAUCUCCCGGGGAGGACCCGGCUCCUGCCACAGUUGCUGCUGCAGUGAAUCCGUGUGCUGAGGAGGCUACUCAGGCAAACUCUGAGACUGACGUGCCAGUCCAGCCAGGAAAUGGCGGGCCCCAGACUUCAGAAAUAGAGUCAGAUGAUCAUUGGCAAAGAGAACAAGAGUUUCAGAGGGAAAACUUGAAGUUGUCAUCUGAAAAUAUUGAACUAAAAUUUCAGCUUGAACAAGCAAAUAAAGAUUUGCCAAGAUUGAAGAAUCAAGUACGAGAUUUGAAGGAAAUGUGUGAAUUUCUUAAAAAAGAAAAAGCAGAAGUUGAUCGGAAACUUGGCCAUGUUAGAGGGUCCGGCAGAAGUGGAAAGACAAUCCCAGAACUAGAGAAAACCAUUGGUUUAAUGAAAAAAGUAGUUGAAAAAGUCCAAAGGGAAAAUGAACAGUUGAAAAGAGCAUCAGGAAUACUGACCAGUGAAAAAAUGGCUAAUAUUGAGCAGGAAAAUGAAAAAUUGAAGACUGAAUUAGAAAAACUUAAAGCUCAUCUUGGACGACAGUUGAGUGUGCAAUAUGAAUCCAAGACCAAAGGCACAGAGAAAAUUGUUGCUGAAAAUGAACGGCUUCGUAAAGAACUUAAGAAAGAAACUGAAGCUGCAGAGAAAUUGCGGAUAGCCAAAAAUAACUUAGAAAUAUUGAAUGAGAAGAUGACAGUUCAACUAGAAGAGAUGGGAAAGAGGUUACAGUUGGCGGAAAGUAGAGGCCCACAGCUCGAGGGUGCUGACAGCAAGAGCUGGAAAUCAAUUGUUGUUACAAGAAUGUAUGAAACCAAAUUGAAAGAAUUAGAAACUGAUAUUGCCAAAAAAGCCCAAAGCCUUACUGAUCUUAAACAGCUUGUAAGACAAGCAACAAAGAGAGAACAAAAAGUUAAGAAAUACACUGAAGACCUUGAGCAACAGAUUGAGAUUCUCAAACAUAUUCCUGAAGGUGCUGAAACAAAGCAAGGCCUUCAAAGGGAGCUUCAGGUUCUCAGAUUAGCUAAUAGUAAGCUGGAAAAAGAAAAAGAAGAAUUAAUCCAUCAGGCAGAAGUACACAAAGACCAAGGCGGAGGUGAGGGCACCUUACAUGAUCAUGAUCAACUAAAGGAAAAGAUAAAGGAUCUAGAGACACAGCUGAAAACGUCAGAUCUAGAAAAGCAGCAUUUGAAGGAGGAAAUAAAAAAGCUGAAGAAAGAACUGGAAAAUUUUGAUCCAUCGUUUUUUGAAGAAAUUGAAGAUCUUAAGUAUAACUACAAAGAAGAAGUGAAAAAAAAUAUUCUUUUAGAAGAGAAGUUAAAAAAACUUUCUGAACAAUUUGGAGUUGAAUUAACUAGUCCUGUUACUGUUUCUGAACAGUUUGAAGAUGAAGAGGGAAGUCCUGUCAAUUUCCCCACUUUCUAAGGGCCAGUUAUAAUUAGUUUUUAUUUAACUAUUUACAAGUCUCUGACCUACAUGAUAUCCUUUCCAAUACCCUGUACCUUUACCUGAAUUUGAUAUUUUAGUAAAUAAAGUUGUAUAAAUUUUUUAACACAUUA